CCAGGCUGCGAUCUCUCCUCGGGGCGCAGCCGGCAGCCCCGGCCGGAAGGAGGAGGAGCUGCCGGCCUCGGAAAGGGGGCAAGCGGGCGGGCGAGGCCGGGCUGGAGAUGGGCUGAGGAGGCUGCUCCGUGGGCGCUGCGGGGAGUGGAGGAGCAUCCAAUUGUGGAGAUUGUAAGACCCGAGGACUUCAACUCCCAGAAUUCAUCAGCCGGAGGGAUGUUUUUGAGGCCCUAGUUGACGACGGGAUUCCUCCAGAGGAUGUCACGAGAGGACCAAGUUGCCCGGACGGCAGAGGAAAAUUCCUCCCGUGUCAUCUUUGUGGUGUUUCUCUCGCUGCUUCUCGAUCUCCUGGGCUUCACUCUGAUUCUGCCUCUCCUGCCCUCCAUCUUGGAUCACUUCAGCAAGAACGAUGAUGGGCUCUACAAGAGGGUGCAAGCCGGCGUGGACUGGUUCAGCGGCAGCCUUGGCAUCCCGCCCGAAAGGAAAUACAACAGUGUCUUGUUUGGAGGUCUUAUCGGCUCCCUCUUUUCCUUGCUUCAGUUUCUGGCCUCGCCCCUCACCGGGGCUGCUUCGGAUUCCUUCGGGAGACGACCAGCCCUGCUGGCCACUGCGCUGGGCCUGACAGCCUCCUACGCGCUCUGGGCCGUUUCCAGCAGUUUUCAGCUCUUCCUCUGCUCCCGGAUUCUCGGCGGGAUCAGCAAAGGGAACGUCAGCCUCUGCACGGCCAUCGUCGCUGAUCUGCGGUGCCCAAAAGCUCGGAGUAAAGGCAUGGCCAUGAUUGGGCUGGCUUUCUCCCUGGGCUUCACCCUCGGGCCGAUGCUGGGCGCCUUCCUCGUUCUGGAGACGGAGAAGGACCAAGUCUUCUACGCGAGAGCCGCCAUCUUUGCCACCAUCUUUGCUGUGGCUGAUUUCCUGUUCAUCUCCGCCUGCUUACCGGAGACGCUCCCAAAGGAAAAACGGGUGUCCUCCAUGAUAUCCAGCUUCCAGUCGGCCUUCAACCUGAUCAGUCCCUGGGCCUUGUUCCGGUUCUCGGCAGUACAUCAGAAGAUGGGAGGACACACCAGAGAUAAUCUCCAGAUCCUGGGCUUGGUGUAUUUCCUAUACCUUUUCCUAUUCUCUGGCCUGGAAUACACGCUGGGUUUCCUAGUCCAUCAGCACUUCCAAUUCAGCAGUCUGGAACAAGGAAAAAUGUUUUUCUGCAUCGGUGUCACCAUGGCUGUGAUCCAGGGGGGCUACACUCGCCAGAUUAAGCCAGGAGCAGAACUGAGGGUGGUUAAAACGGCAAUAAUGUUGUCAGCGCCUGGCUUCCUUUUAAUCGGCUGGAGCCCUAAUAUUAUCAUCCUCGGUACAGGGCUGUUGUUUUACUCUUUUGCUGCAGCCGUAGUUGUCCCUUGCCUGUCUACAGUAGUCUCCGGCUACGGGCUGGACAGUCAAAAAGGGACCGUGAUGGGCAUCCUAAGGAGUCUGGGCGCCCUUGCGAGGUCUCUCGGGCCGGUCGUAUCAGCGACAGUGUACUGGCUGGCCGGGGCUGAGGUUUGUUUCACCGUUUGUGCCUCUCUCUUCCUGCUGCCCUUCGUCCUGCUCCGGUGGAUGCCAAAGCCAAACAAAGAGGAGUAAACUACUCAGAUGACAAGUUUCCCCCAAAAACUCAAGAACUGAUCCUGGAAGACCUCACUAGAGCAUGGAUGCUAUUUUUCACAGCGGCCUUCUACUAUCUUUGUCUGAAUUUGAGCAGAGGUCCUCCUAACCUCCCAGGCUGGGUCCUUCCGUGGGAGUAUCUCUGUGUGGUGUGUGUGUGUAUGUGUGUGUAUACCAGGGUCUGAAAAAAUGACCCAUGAAAAAGGCUCUUUGGAUAAAACCGCCUGUCUACAAAUAGGAUGGUGAAGAUGCCUGCUUGCUCAAUCCAUGAUAAUCUAUUACAAAGUCUAGUCCAGGGGUGUCACAAUUUCAUUGAGGGCCACAUCAGCAUUACAAUUGCCCUCGGGGGUGUGUGUGGCCAGGGUGGGUGUGGCCUACUGGGUGGGCAUGGCCUACUGGGUGGG